AUGGAACCAAAUGUUGGUGAUAAGGAUCUUGUUGAAGAGCCAAAAGAGGGAAUGUCAUUUUCCUCAGUUGAGGAAGUAAGGGCAUACUAUACUGAGUAUGCAAAACAAGUUGGUUUCGGAGUGACAAAGCGAAGUUCCAAAGUCGGAGAUGAUGGAAAAGUAAGAUAUUUCACCCUUGCUUGUGUCCGUCAAGGCACUUCUACGAGCACAUCGUCGAAUAUUCUUAAACCGAGACUGAUGGAACACAAUGGAUGUAAAGCAAAGAUCAAUGCGAUAUUGGGUUCUGAAGGUGAAUUUUGCUUGACCCAUGUUGUCCUUGAGCACACUCAUACUCUCAGUCCUAGAAAAGUAAGAUAUAUUAGAUGUCAUAAGAGAUUGGAUGAGCCAAUGAAGAGAAGAUUAGAAUACAAUGAUAUGGCUGGCAUUCAAUUGAGCAAGAACUACAAUUCUUGCGUCGUUGAGGCAGGAGGGUAUGAGAAUUUGACGUUUGGAGAAAGAGAUGCACGUAAUUACAUAUGUGAGGUUAGAUUACUUCGGCUUGGGUUAGGAGGAGCCGAAGCAUUACAAAACUACUUUGCUCGUAUGCAGGCACAAAAUGAUGGUUUCUAUUAUGUCAUGGACGUUGACAAUGAAACCAGACUACGCAAUGUAUUUUGGGCGGAUGCACGGAGUAGAGCUGCAUACGAGUCGUUUGGUGAUGUUAUAACUUUCGAUACGACGUACUUGACCAAUGCAUACAAAAUGCCAUUCGCUCCUUUUGUGGGCAUUAAUCAUCAUGGUCAAUCAAUUCUUUUUGGAUGUGGUUUGAUUUCUGGGGAGGACACAGAUACGUUUGUAUGGUUAUUUGAGUCGUGGCUUAAGUGCAUGAAUGGUUGCGCUCCAGAAGCCAUUAUAACAGACCAAGAUAAAGCUAUGCAAAAUGCAAUUGCUAAGGUGUUCCCUAAAUCUCGACACCGGUUUUGCUUGUGGCAUAUAAUGAAAAAAGUUUCCGAAAAAUUUGGAUCACACAGUCAAUAUGAUGGCAUCAAAAGUCAGCUACACAUGUGUGUUUAUGACACAUUGACUCCUGAUGAAUUUGAGUGCUGUUGGCUACAAUUUCUUGAUAAUUUUGAUCUACAUGAUAAUCCUUGGCUUGAAUGGCUAUAUUCUGAGCGUCAUCUUUGGGUGCCAACGUAUGUGAGGAACAAAUUUUGGGCAGGAAUGUCAAGUACCCAAAGAAGCGAGGGGAUGAAUGCAUUCUUCGAUGAUUAUGUAAAUUCAAAGACAACACUAAAAUAUUUUGUAGAUCAGUAUGAUAAUGCACUUAAGCACAAGAUUGAGAAUGAGCUUGCAGCUGACUUCAGUUCAUUUCACACACAAAUUCCGUGCAUAACUUUUUAUGGCAUUGAGCGGCAGUUCCAAGCAGUGUAUACAAAUGCAAAAUUUAAAGAAGUUCAAGAAGAAUUAAGAGGGUUGAUUUAUUGUUGCGCAUCAAUGAUUCGAAGUGAAAGAGGAAUGUUUACAUAUCAUGUGGCUGACGAGAUCCAAGUUAUGGAUGGGUUUAAGAAAAGUACAAAAUAUGUUGUUGAGUUUAACGAGGAAGAGUGUGAAGCGGGUUGCACAUGUCAGUUAUUUGCUUUUAAGGGAAUUUUGUGUAGACAUGUCAUCUGUAUGUUGACACUCCAUAACAAAGAAGAGCUACUUGCAAAAUACUUUCUUGAUAGGUGGAGGAAGGACAUGAAACGAGAUUACACGCUUGUCCGAAGUAGCCGCGAUAAUCUGAGUCAUAUUCCAAAUGCACACCGAAUUAAUAAAUUGAACAAUGCUUUUUACGAGAUUUCUUCAAUUGCAGGCACCUCAGAUGAAGGUUGUGCAAAAUUAAUGACUCAGUUAAGUAAGUUGAAAUUAGAGUGGGUUGACGUCCAGCCAGUAUGUGAUAAUCAUUCAAUUGAGUCAUUAAGAGUGACAAAAGGGUCUGAUAAAUUAAAAAGUCCUGUAGCUACACGUAGUAAAGGUAGGCCAAUUUCUAAGAGGAAACAGUCCACGGCUGAGAAGGCAGUGAAUAGGUUGAAAGCAAGGAAGACUCAACGAGCUCAGCAGAAUAGGCGCAUAAAUAGAAGAGCUGUAAGAGAUUUUGGCUCACCUAGCUUGGCGGAGCGUGACUUUCCUAUAGCCUCAACUGCUCAAUCGACUAUGGUUGAGAUAUUGCAUGAUGAGAGUGUUGUGAUUUUACAAUUUUGUGUAUAUGUUUUAGUUAAUUGGGAGAUGAAAGCAGCUAAAGGAAAGGAACUUUGA